CAUGUCAACAUCUAUAAACACCAUAUAAAUAUGCUAAUAUCAUCACGGCUUCUUCACUAACAAAUUAUCAAAUUAAAUCAAUAAAUCUCAUAAUAAGUUAAUUAAGUUCUCUUGUUACAACAUGAAUAGAACUAGUAUUGUUGCAACAACAAAGGUGUCCCGGUUGCUACUAUCUCAACUGGGACCCCGUUUGUUCUCCACAACUACAAGUGUUGCCCGCUCAACCAAUAUCGUUGUACAUUCCAAAAAUCCAAUGGGUUCAUUCAUUGGAACCACUAGAGUCAUGACCAUGCAUGCUCGUCAGUGGAGCACGCAUGCAUCCUCUGACUCUGGAUCGAUUAAAAAAGAUGAGAGUGAAAAGAAAGCAAUCUCGAGCUAUUGGGGCGUUGCUCCACCAUCACUCACAAAGUCUGAUGGAUCUGCUUGGAAAUGGAACUGUUUUCGGCCGUGGGAAGCUUAUCAAGCAGAUACAUCUAUUGAUGUGAAGAAGCAUCACAAUCCAGUCACUUGGAAUGACAAAAUUGCAUUUUGGAUAGUUCAAGCCCUCAAGUAUCCCACCCAUUUAUACUUUCAGAAAAAACACAUACACCACGCGGUUUUGCUAGAAACAGUAGCCGCGGUUCCUGGAAUGGUAGGAGGGAUGUUGUUACACGCCAAAUCACUACGUCGAUUUGAGCAAAGUGGAGGCUGGAUCAAAGCCUUAUUAGAAGAAGCCGAAAAUGAAAGAAUGCAUCUCAUGACCUUUAUUGAUGUAUACCAACCAAAAUGGCACGAACGAGCCUUGGUUUUUGCGGUCCAAGGGGUAUUCUUCAAUGCAUAUUUUCUAGCGUAUUUGGCUUCACCAAAGCUCGCUCAUCGGAUCACUGGUUACCUUGAGGAAGAGGCAGUGAAUUCGUAUACGGACUUCUUGAAUGACCUGGAGAACGGGGCUAUGGAGGACAUUCCGGCACCAGCUAUUGCUAUUGAUUAUUGGUGUUUACCUCAAAAUUCGACACUAAAAGAUGUUGUUAGAGUUAUACGGGCUGACGAAGCACAUCACCGUGAUAUUAACCAUUUUGCAUCCGAUAUUCAAUGUCAAGGACAUGAACUAAAGGAGCAUCCUGCACCAAUUGGGUAUCACUAAAGAAUACAAAACGUUUGCGUUAAUUAAAGUUAUAUGAACCUGAGUGCGCGUGGGUUCGAAUUGGGUAGGAUAUCAGGAUAUGUUAUGUAUAAAUUUGUGUUAUAUCAAUUGUAUUCUUCAUUUAUUCUAUAAGUUUAAUGUAUGAAAAAGUUGUAUUUGAAUA